AAAAUACCCUGCAAAUUACCGACUUAAGUUAUAGGCGUGUCCUUAUCCCUCAUCCCUCAAGGAAUCACGAAUUUAAUUCUAUAUAAUUCACUCAAGACUCAAAAAAACACAUAACCUUGAUUUGUGCAAUUAUCAAUUUUGUCAAGUCCAUAAAAUUGAAUUAUAAUUCUGAAUGAUCUCACCUACAAAAAUGGAGACUACAGAUUUUUCCAGGAAAGCUCAAGGUAGAUUAGCUGUUCUUGCAACUCACCUUUCAACAGCUGCUGAUCCACCGCUUAAUUUCUCAAAUGUUCUUGAUUUAUCCUGUGUUUCAUCUCAAUCCAUUGUUGCUCCACCUCCUAAUUUGAAGGGAUCUAUCACAAUUGUUGAUGAUAGAACUGGGAAAAAGUACCAAAUUCCUGUUUCUGAGGAUGGCACUGUCAAAGCUACUGACUUGAAGAAGAUUACAACUGGAAAGAAUGACAAGGGACUCAAACUUUAUGAUCCUGGUUAUCUCAAUACUGCUCCUGUUCGAUCAUCGAUUUGCUAUAUUGAUGGUGAUGAAGGGAUCCUUAGGUAUAGAGGCUACCCUAUUGAGGAGCUGGCUGAGGGCAGUUCAUUUCUAGAAGUAGCAUACCUUCUGAUGUAUGGAAAUCUACCCUCGAAAAGUCAGUUGGCAGAAUGGGAAUUCGCUGUGUCCCAGCAUUCAGCUGUUCCUCAGGGCGCAUUGGAUAUCAUACAAGGAAUGCCUCAUGAUGCACACCCAAUGGGCGUCCUUGUUAGUGCAAUGAGUUCUCUUUCUGUCUUUCACCCUGAUGCUAAUCCUGCUUUGAGAGGUCAGGAUCUUUACAAGUCAAAGCAAGUGAGAGAUAAACAGAUAGUCAGAAUACUAGGGAAGGCCCCAACGAUUGCAGCUGCAGCUUAUUUGAGAUUGGCUGGACGGCCUCCAGUUCUUCCUUCCAACAACCUUUCAUAUUCAGAGAACUUCCUUUACAUGCUUGAUUCUUUAGGUGAUAGGGCUUACAAACCAAAUCCUCGUUUGGCCCGAGUUCUAGAUGUUCUAUUCAUACUACAUGCUGAACAUGAAAUGAAUUGCUCUACCGCUGCUGCUCGACAUUUAGCAUCAAGUGGUGUUGAUGUAUACACAGCUCUUGCUGGUGCUGUUGGGGCACUCUAUGGUCCUCUUCAUGGGGGUGCAAAUGAGGCUGUGCUCAAAAUGCUGAAUGAAAUUGGAAGUGUUGAAAACAUACCAGACUUUAUCGAGGGUGUCAAAAAUAGGAAACGGAAAAUGUCCGGAUUUGGGCAUCGUGUGUAUAAAAAUUAUGAUCCCAGAGCAAAGGUUAUUAGGACGUUGGCAGAGGAAGUAUUCUCCAUAGUUGGAAGAGAUCCCCUCAUUGAGGUGGCUGUUGCUUUGGAGAAAGCUGCCCUAUCAGACAAGUUUUUCAUAAAGAGGAAGUUGUACCCAAAUGUUGAUUUUUACUCUGGGUUAAUCUACAGGGCAAUGGGCUUCCCAACCGAGUUUUUCCCUGUUUUGUUUGCAAUCCCUCGAAUGGCUGGGUAUUUGGCCCACUGGAGGGAGUCACUUGAUGAUCCUGAUACAAAGAUAAUGCGACCCCAACAGGUAUACACUGGAGUAUGGUUGAGACAUUACAUGCCCUUGGAAGAUCGUAAGGAUUCAUCUGGGGCAGACAAGCUUAGUCAGGUCUCGGUUUCAAAUGCAACAAGGCGGAGACUGUCGGGAUUUGGACAUUAAAAGAAAAAAUAUUCCACUCUGAUAGGAAAUAAAUGGAAAAAACAGUUUCUAUCUUGUUUAUAUAUAAUAAGGUUAUGGGGAUAACAAGACUUGACAUUUAGGAAAUGGCUUAAUGACGGGAACUGUAACUAAGCUUUGUUUGUUUGUUUUUUUUUUUUUUUAAUUUUAUUAUUUUUUUGGUAAUGUUACAAAAUAAAUUGUUGCAGGGGUUAAGUUAUUUUACUUUUAUUAUUUUCCUUUAAAAAAAAAAUAAAAAAAAUACCUAAGAUUAAUUUGGAAUUUUGGAGUGUGUUUUUAAUUUGUCCAGUAAGUAACAAAUACGGAUCCUUUUUUA